GAGUCCCCCGUCUUCAUUCCACUUGCUUUUCCCAAAACCCUAUUAUUCCCUGUUUGAAUCUCCGGUACUCGAACCAAAAUAUUCACAUUUCCUUUUUGCAAUUGGAUCCUCUCAGAUUAUCCAGUCCACCAGAUCCGCAUUUUCCACUCUCCUGCUGCACUGUACCAGUGCAUGUUUUGGACAACAAUUUCCAUGGAAAACCCCAACUUCUGAAUCAUCAUCUCAAGGUUAACGCUCCUCAUUUUCUUUUCUUCCAAACAUGGCGGGGAAAGCUGACCCCAUGAACGGGGCUGUGAAAUCGGGAUCGAAGGAGAGUGCCCCGGCAGCCAUGCCAGCGAGCCUGAAGAACCCCGAUCUAAUCUCAUACUUCUCGCUCAAAUCCCUAAAAUUGAAGACCAAACAGCAAGAGCUCCUGCUCCGAGUGUCGAUCCUCUGCCUCGUCUAUGUGCUGGCCUUCGCCACCCGCCUCUUCAGUGUGCUCCGCUACGAGUCCAUGAUCCACGAGUUCGACCCCUACUUCAACUACCGUACCACCCUCUAUUUAACCCGCAACGGCUUCUACGAUUUCUGGAACUGGUUCGACUCCGAGAGCUGGUAUCCGCUGGGCCGCAUCGUCGGCGGGACGCUCUACCCGGGUCUCAUGGUCACCGCUGCCAUCAUCUACUGGAUCCUUCGCUUCCUCCGCUUUGCCGUCCAUAUCCGCGAGGUCUGCGUCUUGACGGCGCCGUUUUUCGCUUCCAACACGACCCUCGUCGCGUAUUUCUUUGGCAAAGAGCUCUGGGAUUCGGGGGCGGGGCUUGUGGCGGCGGCACUGAUCGCCAUUUGCCCGGGUUACAUAUCGAGAUCGGUGGCCGGAUCGUAUGACAACGAGGGGGUGGCCAUAUUCGCGCUGUUGCUCACCUUUUACAUGUUUGUGAAGGCCGUGAACACGGGGUCGUUGGCGUGGGCCUUGGCCUCGGCUUUCGGCUACUUCUAUAUGGUUUCGGCGUGGGGAGGAUACGUUUUCAUAAUCAAUUUGAUCCCGCUUUACGUGCUGGUGCUUCUGAUCACGGGCAGGUAUUCGAUGAGGCUCUAUGUGGCCUACAAUUGCAUGUAUAUCUUGGGAAUGCUGCUCGCUAUGCAGAUUCGUUUUGUGGGGUUUCAGCAUGUUCAGUCCGGGGAGCAUAUGGGGGCCAUGGGGGUGUUCUUCUUGAUGCAGGUAUUCUUCUUCUUAGAUUGGGUUAAGCACUUGCUAAGUGACACGAAAUUGUUUGAAGCCUUUUUGAGGAUCACUGUGACGACUGCAGUUGGUGUUGGUGCUAUUGCUCUUGGAAUAGGCACGGCAUCUGGGUACAUCUCUCCAUGGACUGGUCGCUUUUACUCUUUGCUUGAUCCAACAUAUGCAAAAGAUCACAUUCCAAUUAUUGCUUCUGUCUCUGAGCAUCAGCCCACGGCUUGGUCAUCUUUCAUGUUUGAUUUCCAUAUCCUGCUUUUCCUUUUCCCCGCGGGUCUCUAUUUUUGCUUCAAGCGGUUGUCAGAUGCCACAAUUUUUAUUGUUAUGUAUGGUCUGACCAGCAUGUAUUUUGCGGGAGUCAUGGUUCGGUUAAUUCUUGUUGCUACACCUGCAGUAUGCCUUAUUAGUGCCAUUAGUGUUUCUGCAACUAUAAAGAAUUUAACUCUGGUAGCAAGGGCAAAGGAUAAGGUUGCCCAGACUGGUUCCAGGGGAAGCAGUAGUUCAAAGGGAUCAUCUAAGGCUUCACUUGAUCAUUCCCAGCCUUUCCAAAGAAAUGGUGCUAUUGCGUUACUUUUUGGUGCUUUUUACUUGCUCAGUAAGUAUGCUACCCACUGUACCUGGGUCACAUCAGAGGCAUAUUCAUCUCCCUCAAUUGUCUUGGCUGCAAGGGGUGCCCAUGGCAACAGGGUCAUCUUUGAUGAUUAUCGUGAGGCGUACUUUUGGCUUCGGCAGAAUACUCCUCAAGAUGCUAAGGUGAUGUCAUGGUGGGAUUAUGGGUACCAGAUCACCGCAAUGGGAAACAGAACUGUUAUUGUUGAUAAUAAUACCUGGAAUAAUACACACAUUGCUACUGUCGGUCGUGCAAUGUCAUCAUAUGAAGAUGAGGCAUAUGAAAUUAUGAGGUCGCUCGACGUGGAUUAUGUAUUAGUUGUCUUUGGAGGUGUUACGGGCUAUUCUUCCGAUGAUAUUAACAAAUUUUUGUGGAUGGUGAGAAUUGGAGGUGGAGUUUUUCCUGUAAUAAAGGAACCCGAUUACCUUGUUAAUGGCGAGUACCGUGUUGACAAAGGGGCAGCUCCCAAGAUGUUGAACUGUCUCAUGUACAAGCUAUCAUAUUAUCGAUUUGGAGAGCUGACAACAGAAUAUGGCAAACCACCUGGGUUUGAUCGAGCAAGGGGGGUUGAAAUUGGAAACAAGGAUAUCAAACUUGAACAUUUGGAAGAGGCUUUCACAACAUCUAACUGGAUUGUUCGUAUUUACAAAGUCAAACCACCUAAUAAUAGGUGGUGAGGAGGCUCUCUCUGCGGGAUAGUGAAGAAGAUGGUAGAGGCAACUCUCAGAGCUAGAGUCUUGAAAUAUAGUGUUAGAGAUAGAAAACUAUUUCCAUAGAGUUUGCAUUUGUAGCAUUCAAGGCUCUUAAAAUGUUUUUGGAGAUUUUGUAAUGCCGUUUUGCCUCAUCUAUUUAUACUGUUUAUUUGAUGUUAUGGUUGAGCAACAGUUGUUUGGAUGCAAAAAUAUACAUUUUCUCUAAUUCCAUCAUGAUAUCUGUGGCCCUUA